CUACCCGUGCCCCGCUGUACUGUCAUUGUCAUUCAUUUUGAUUUUAGUUUUUGUCUGUGUGUGUCAGUCUGUUCAGUUUCAUUCUGUGGUGGUGAUGUUUCUUUUUAAGUUUUUAUUUUCGUGACAUCAAAAGUUUUAUUUUGUUUUAUUCUAACGUUUAAUUAAGUUCAUUAACGUUGAGUUGUUUCAAACAAGUGCAUUAUGAAUUUAUUAAAUUGAUUUAUUACAUGUAGAUGAAAAGUUAUUGUGUUUUGUUAUUUCAACAUAAUGAAGGUGGACCUUGUUUGGAGGCGACGCGGCCCAACACAACUAGCAGUAUUGUGGGCAGUGCUGGCUGCGUGCGCGACCACAUUGGCAGUGGUCCACGCUGCCAGCCCGCUUGGCCCCUCUGACCAACCUGAGGCCUACUUCAACGGCAGCUCCUACAUCCGGCUGUCCAGACCUAUAUCACUCAAACAACUCGUCGGUCUCAGUUUCCGAACAUGCGUUGGCGGCGAGUUAUUCUCGCAGCGGUUCGAGGGGUACACGCUGCACGUGACCGCCCUGUUCGAGCAGGUGGUGGUGUCGUGGGCGCGGCCCUCGCAGCCGCACCGCGAGGUGGGGCUCGCUAAGGAGACGCUGGACAACCGGUGGCACUGGGUCGGCCUGCGGUACAACUCCGACCCGCCCUCGCUGCUGCUGGAGGUGGACAAAGACACACAGAUAAUAUCGAACGUGACGUGGAACCCCGAGCUGCUGUCGCCGGGCGCGCUGGAGGCGGGCGGCGCCGUGCUGCUGGUGGGCAACGUGUUCAGCGGCUGCAUCCUCGAGGGCCCGCAGCUCGAGUUCCACGCCGCCUCCGCGCAGACCAGGAACGUCGUCUUCGGACACUGCCCUUUGACCACUGACGAAUGUAUUGACAGGAAGGACGUGCUCCGCAUCCAGCCGAAGGACCACUGCUACAACGAGCCCUGCAUGAGGCACGGCACCUGCAUCUCGCGCCACGACCGGUACGAGUGCCACUGCACGGCGCGCUACACGGGCAACAACUGCGAGGUGGACGCGGGCGACCCGUGCGCGUCCGCGCCCUGCCAGCACGGCGCGCGCUGCGUGGAGGAGCCGCGCGGCUCGUACUCGUGCGCCUGCGCGCCCGGCUACCACGGCGCGCUCUGCGAGCUGGAGGAGUCGCUGGACCCGCAGUGCGUGGCGCGGCCCUGCCAGCACGGCGCCAGCUGCAGCGUGCCGCCCGGCGCCGACACCUACGUCUGCGCCUGCCCGCCCGGCUACACGGGACGUAACUGCGAGACGGACGUGGACGAGUGCGCCACCACCGUGAACCCGUGCCUCAACGGGGGGCGCUGCCAGGACGCCGUCAACAACUACACCUGCGACUGCACCGGGACCGGGUACUCGGGCGCGCGCUGCGCCGUCAACGUGAACGAGUGCGCGGACGCGCGCGUGUGCGGGCACGGCGUGUGCUACGACACGUACGGCGGGUUCGUGUGCGCCUGCCUGCCCGGCUACCAGGGCGCGCGCUGCCAGCAGCCCGCCGCCUGCGCGUCCGGUGUGCCCAACAUGGUGGUAACGGGCGUCCUCGCCAAGCAGGUCACCUGUGUUUGCGACGUCGGAUACUACGGCGCGGCGGGCUUGGCGCCCAACUGCACGGCGCUGGAGGCGGCCUGCGAGGCCGGCGUGUGUCUCAACGGCGCCACGUGCUCCGUGUCCGGCGACCGUCUCAACUGCUCGUGCGCGGCCGGCUACAAGGGCGCGUACUGCGAGCAGGCCGCGGGCGCCGGCAAGGCGCUGUCCGACCUCAAGGCGGCCGAGCACUGCGCCGCGCAGCCCUGUCUGCACGCCAAGUCCUGCCAGGACCUCGUGAGUACUCGCAAGCUGCAAUGUUCGCUUGUCUGUCGACGUGCGCAUGACUUUCAUGACCUCAUCAAUACGCUUUGA